UGUUCGUCGCUUCCGGUACUUCCAGAGUCGCUCGCUGGUCGCCGGGGGCUGUGUGUACCGGGGAUGUUCUGGCGGAAGAGUUGGGAGUGAUGUUCGCCCCUGUGCGCCGGACUGUACACUGACAGGCGUCAUGUAUUUUCUCAGUGGCUGGCCCAAGAGGCUGCUGUGCCCCUUGAAGAGUGUGGAGAAGCCCUUUCACAUCCAGCCGGACGCGCAGCGCCUGUUCCUGGCAGUGUUGUCGCACACUCAGCUCAGUAUAUGGUACAGCAGGCCCAGCGUAUUAAUAGCCAGUUACAAGGAGUCUGCAAAGGCAUCGGCCCAGUUUGGAGCUUACAAGCAAUCAGAAUGGAAGCCGGACAGCAGUGUCGUUGUCGUUACAACUGCCAAUGGAUAUAUUCUGUUCUUUGACAUAGUUCCUGUUGCAGAGGACAAGUAUUUAUACGAACCCGUGUAUCCAAAGGGAAGCUCUCACGCGAAGACGAUCCCUCAUUACAAGGAGGAACAAUGUGCUCCAGCAUUAAAUUUAGAGACCAAGAAGGUUCUAGAUUUACAGGCACCAAUAACGAGCAUCCAGUCCAUGAUGGAUGACCUUCUUGUGGCCACAGAGGAUUGUUUGCUUCACCUCAUUCACUGGGAAGGCUUGACUAAUGGAAGGAAAGCUAUCAACCUCGCUACCAUUCCUUUUUCAGUUGAUUUGCAGCCAUCUAGAGCAGGUUCAUUCUUAGAUUUUGAAGGUGUCCACAUCCGGGAUAUGGAGCACUGUGUAACUCUUGAUGGGUUUGCAGUUGUUUUUAACGAUGGUCGCAUUGGAUUUAUCACACCCGUGUCAAGUACAGCAGAUCAGAUCCACGGGGUUUGGGCACAGGAUGUGGUGGAUGGAACCUGCGUGGCAGUGAACCAUAAAUACAGAUUAAUGGCAUUUGGAUGUGCCAACGGAUCUGUACUUGUAUACACAGUAGAUAACACAACUGGCGCUAUGCAGCUUUCCCAUAAAUUGGAGCUUACUCCCAAGCAGUACCCAGAUAUCUGGAACAAGACUGGGUCAGUGAAGCUGAUACGUUGGUCACCUGAUUAUAGCGUUGUCAUGGUGACGUGGGAAUGUGGAGGACUUUCCCUGUGGAGCGUAUUUGGGGCACAUCUUAUUUGUACUCUUGGAGGAGACUUUGCAUACAAAGCAGAUGGCACAAAGAAAGAGACUUUAAAAAUCAGCUCAAUGAGCUGGGGACCUGAAGGCUACCACUUAUGGGCGAUUGCAUCAGAGUGUACUGCACAUGCUGGAAGUGACAAAACUGUACCCAAGCAGUCUGGAAUACUCCAAUUUCAGUUUAUUAAGAGUGCUCUUACUGUGAACCCAUGCAUGAGCAACCAAGAGCAAGUUUUGCUUCAAGGAGAAGAUCGCCUGUACUUGAACUGCGGGGAUGCGACUCAGACACAGCAUGUUAGAGGCUCUUCGUCACAUCCUGAGCACAAGUCUAUACGUGACAGAAGUCCGUUCCCUGUAGGAAAUGGAGAUUCUCAGGGCUUAAGCACUUUACUGGGACAUAGACACUGGCACGUUGUGCAGAUACACAGCACUUACCUGGAGAGCAAUUGGCCUAUAAGGUAUUCUGCCAUAGACAAAAUUGGCCAAAAUGUUGCUGUUUCUGGAAAAUGUGGAUUUGCACACUACUCUUUGCUAACCAAGAAAUGGAAGCUGUUUGGGAAUAUCACUCAAGAACAGAACAUGAUGGUGACGGGAGGCCUGGCUUGGUGGAAUGACUUCAUUGUUCUGGCAUGUUAUAAUUUAAAUGAUCGGCAAGAGGAGCUACGGGUUUAUCUUCGUACAUCAAAUCUAGACAAUGCUUUUGCACAUGUCACCAAGGUGCAGCAGGAGACCUUGCUUCUUAGUGUCUUCAGAGAUAUGUUGAUUAUUUUUCGAGCCGAUUGCUCUUUUUGUCUUUACAGUAUUGAAAGAAAAUCUGAAGGUCCACAUCCUUUGGUCUGUUUACAAGUCCUUCAGGAAGUGUCCAUGUCUCGGUACAUUUCCCAUCCUUCCCUUGUUGUAUCCAUCACUCUAACAUCUGUGAGGACAGAGACUGGCAUCUCACUAAAAAUGCCCCAGCAGGCAUGUGAUGCAGAAAGCAUUAUGUUGAAUCUAGCAGGCCAGCUAAUAAUGUUACAGCGGGAUCGGUCUGGUCCUCAAAUCCGAGAAAAAGAAGCCAACUCACAGCAGCGAAAACUUCUGCCGUUUUGUGCACCAGUGGUCCUAGCACAGUCUGUGGAAAAUGUCUGGAGCACUUGCCGGGCCAACAAGCAAAAACGCCAUCUGCUGGAGGCUUUGUGGCUUAGCUGUGGUGGAGCAGGCAUGAAGGUUUGGCUCCCUUUGUUCCCCAGAGAUCACCGUAAACCGCAUUCCUUCCUGUCCAGACGGAUAAUGCUGCCUUUUCACAUCAACAUUUACCCGCUUGCAGUUCUGUUUGAGGAUGCUCUGGUUCUUGGAGCCAUUAAUGAAACUGUGGCUUAUGACUGUUUGAACAACCUGGGCUCUCCUGCUGAACAUUUGGAGGUUCAGUUCCCUUACUGUAUUGUAGAGAGAACCUCACAGAUCUACCUCCACCAUAUCCUAAGACAGCUGUUAGUCAGGAACUUAGGAGAGCAAGCAUUGCUCUUAGCCCACUCGUGUGCCUCUUUACCUUAUUUCCCACAUGUGCUAGAACUUAUGCUCCAUGAAGUAUUAGAAGAAGAAGCUACCUCACGGGAACCUAUUCCUGAUCCAUUGCUUCCCACCGUGGCUAAAUUCAUCACAGAAUUUCCGCUCUUUCUUCAGACAGUGGUGCAUUGUGCUCGAAAGACAGAGUAUGCCCUCUGGAAUUACCUGUUUGCUGCUGUAGGCAACCCUAAAGACCUGUUUGAGGAAUGCCUAAUGGCUCAGGACCUUGACACCGCGGCCUCUUAUCUCAUCAUUCUCCAGAACAUGGAGGCAGCAGCAGUAAGCAGACAGCAUGCAACUCUCCUAUUCAACACUGCUCUGGAACAGGGGAAGUGGGAUCUCUGCAGGCACAUGAUACGGUUUCUGAAGGCUAUCGGAUCUGGCGAAUGCGACACACCCCCAGCUACUCCCACUACACAGGAGCCAAGUUCUGCCGGCGGUUUUGAAUUUUUUAGAAACCGCAGCAUAAGCUUGUCCCAAUGUGCUGAGAAUCUUCCUGUUGGAAAGUUCAACCUUCAGAAAACUCUGAGUAUGCCCUCUGGACCAGCUGGCAAGCGGUGGAGUAAGGACAGCGAUUGUGCAGAGAACAUGUACAUAGACAUGAUGUUGUGGAGGCAUGCUCGAAGACUGCUGGAAGAAAUCAGGCUAAAAGACCUUGGCUGCUUCUCUGCUCAGCUGGGAUUUGAGUUGAUAGGAUGGCUAUGCAAAGAACGCACGCGGGCUGCACGAGUGGAAGAUUUUGUUACUGCCUUGAAGAAGCUUCAUAGGGAUUUCCUUUGGCCUUUUCCAGUCAUACCAGUUUCUUCCAUCAGUUCCCCAUUUAAGAAUGGCAAAUUUCGGGCAGCAAUUGGGGAGCAGAUCCUGAAGUCCCAAUCUGCUGAUAACUUUCUGGACGUGGAUAGUGGUAUUCCUAGCGUUCCUCGAAGUCUCACUUGGAUGGGUAGUAUUGGAGCUGCACAUCAAGAAAUGGACACGGCCUCAUCCCACAGUCCUCACACGCAGGAUGCACUGCUAUCUCCUUUAUUAAAUAAAGGAGAUGAAUGUAGCAUUGGAUCGGCCACUGACCUCACUGAAACAAGUUCCAUGGUGGAUGGGGACUGGACCAUGGUGGAUGAGAACUUCUCCACCCUGAGUCUGACACAGUCAGAACUAGAACACAUUUCAAUGGAGCUGGCCAACAAGGGACCUCACAAAUCUCAAGUCCAACUAAGGUACCUGUUGCAUGUUUUCCUGGAGGCAGGCUGCCUGGAGUGGUGUGUCAUCAUUGGUCUUAUAUUACGAGAUUCCUCCAUCAUUAACCAAGUGUUGAUCUUUUUGCAAUGCCCUGAAGUUGCAGAGGAGAUGUUACAGGGCAUUCAAAAUGGAAUACAGGCUGUGGAUGCCUGGGCCCUUAAUGACUGCCCUGGAUACAAGCCAUUCCUAAACAUAAUAAAACCUCAACUUCAGAAGCUGAGUGACGUGACAGUGGAGCAAGUGCAACCUGAAACUUUUCAGCCCACAGUUAUCUCAAAAGUCACAGAGCAAUCCAGCCCCAGGGCCGAGGACAGCCGCAGCUCCACCAGCCACAGUGCCAGCCCUCAAAGUGACCCAGGCAGCUGCAACACCAGCCGAUACGAGGAGAAUGCAUCCAGACAAGAGCAAGAUGAGGCUCUUCAAGAGGGAAGUUACGACUGCGUCAUCUCCUAAUGUUGAGUGAGCUCACACAGCCAUCACAACAGUAUUAUAGAAGGAAUCAAUCACUUGCGGCUGGUCACAUGGCUGGCGGUUUUUAAUGGGUGUGAAAUGACUUCUUUUUCUCAGUGGUUUCCAAGAAACCAACUCUGCAAAUUUUGAAGCCUUACGUUUGUUUUGUUUGUAUACCUUUUUUUUUUUUUUUUUUUUUUUUUCUUAAAUACAUUUUUAUUCUUAUUAAUGAGAACUCAAGGCAGUGUACAUGUGGAACCAAUCGCUCCUAUAUCCUGGAUAUAAGCACCGUAAAGAGGCCGACACCAGAGGAUCUGGAGUGAAAGUGUAAAUGUAAUUAUGUGGUUUCACUGAUUCUUUCACGGGUGUUGCUCUUACCUAAUGUCGGCCUCAAUCAUUUGUUUAUUUCAUCUUCUCAUAACCCAAAAACUUGCAAGAGUCUGGAUAGGUAUUUGGGUCUCCUCCGUUUUUUGGAGGGAUAUGUGUAAUUUGACUUGUCAUCCGCCUCAGUGCAUCAGACAUUUAGGUGCUACGAUCUUUCUUUCCUACAGCUAAAUCGGUUUGGUAUUGCAGUGUAAAUAAUGUGUAUUUUGUGAAUAGUUCUCUCUCUUGCAGUUUAUUAUGAAUUUGUAAGAUAAAGGUGCAGGUCCGUCAGCGCCAGCCUGCCACUAGCUGGAAAGCCAUUUUUUGUUGCACUUUGCAAUGGACAUGACGCUCUGUAAUAUCAGUUCAUCAACUACACUGUGCUUUUACAGAAUCUUCAUUUAACUACUGUGACUGACCCCAGAACAAAUCCUUCUGUUGUCUAGCUUUUUAAUUAAGGUACAAGAAGGUUUUUAUUUAUUACCUUUGUACAAUAAUUCACUUGAACAUAGGGUUUUUUUGUAAAUAAAGUCAGCAAUCAUGUUCCAUAAUACCUGAAAACUGAAUUUCAACUAUAGGCAAAAAUGUAUUUCUGACUAUUUUAUUAAGUGUGUGGAUUCCACCUAAUUUUACCUUCCAUAAAUCAUGUGUAUUUAGUUGGAAAAGAAGAACAUACACUUUGUCAAACCUCAUCUCCUCUUCUUGUUAAUGUCCCCAGAUCUGAAAUCUACAGCUGAUAUUCUUGCAUUACAGUAUUAAGAUAUAGAAACUGGUCUGUUUGUACCGUGCAAUUGGGGGAAAAAAAAAUGUAUUAUUUUAUACAAGACAUACGUUUAUUUUUAUAAUAGAUCUAUUGGAUUAUUAUAUGGACCAAAUGUUUCUAGUAACUCGUCUGAAUGUGAAGGGUGAUUGUAACAACACAGGUUUCACAAUGACACUGGGGGAGCAGUGCUCCAUUCAGGUAUGAACAGGACACUUGAGGCUCAGCAGGUCUUCUUAAUCCUGGAGUCUCCCUAAAAUGUAAAGAAUGCUCAAAUAACUGUAUCUCAUUUGUAAAAAGGAUUAUAAUAACUAUGGUAGGUCACCUAUGGUAAUAAAAAUGGUGGAUUUUUUACGCCCAGGGCCUCGGUUGUGCAAAUAUUCACACUUAUCCCAUAGAAGGGACUGUAUUAAUGACAGUGUAGCAGGGGUCCAUUCCAUGGGAAUAGAUGCUGUGAAGUCCUCAAACACUUCAAUUAGGAUGCCGUCCCUUACACAAUCCAUGUUGUACUACUAAGUAAACCACCUGAUGCUAGUGUGAACAUAGCCAAAGGCCCUAUCUGUCACAGGCUCCAAUAUGGUGCAUUUUUAGUAUUUACUGCCACAUAUUGCACUCUAUCCCCCUCUAAAUUAACACUAUAAUAGCAUGACUAGUGGGGAAUAUGGCAAAUGUACAGCAUCUGAUGGAGAAAAAAAUCUUUGUGGAAAUGCAAUGGUAUGUAUGCCUCCCCUAGAAUGCAUACCCACCAUGUUUGCGAUCUGUCCUACACUGAUGACUUAAGGUCAUAUGUAUGAUCUCUAGGUCAGUAACUCACAUCAAGACUUGUUGUUGUAGUUCCACUUUGUGCACAAUAUUAAGCUAAUGGUGUGAUCAAGGAAAUUUGGGGUUCAAAUGACUUGCAGUUAUUUGGUUUGCAGGUUUUAAUGUAUAAAGAAUUUGUGAUUUCAGAACCCCAGUAAAUGUCAUAUAAAGCCUAUGUAAAAAUGGACUAUAUUUUUAAAUAGAAUACUCUUCUGAAACCUGUGCUUGAUUAUUUUUAUUUGAAUUUUCCCCUCACUCCCUUCAUUUAGUUACUGUUUUUGUUUCUCUUACAGUCAAGGGACAAACAUCUUGUGGAGUUUGUUACAUUGCUCAAUGCACAAUUCUAUCAGACACUAAUUCAAAUAAGUGCAAUAAAUUAUUAAAGUAAUAAAGCUAUUGUAACUUGCUUUUCCAUA